CUUCCUCUGGGCUGUGCGGGUCAUUAUGUUACAUGUAAAGUCCCACGCGUGCGGCUGGGUGGAUAUCCGCGGUGUUCUGACCGCUGGUUAUUUAAAAGACGAGAGACGAGGUCUGACUGCAGUGGGUGCUGUUGUUGGUCGGAGAGCCCGCUGACUGAACUUGUGAGGAGAGGAGGAGAGAGGGAGCUGUGCGCUCUCUUCCCGGCAGAGUGCGUCCCGCUCCACACACACACGCGCACACACAUACACACACAUCGGGGUCACUCUACUUUCAGGCAGCGGACUGGUUUCCACUCCCGCACCUCCUGAGUAUCGCACAUGAACAGUCUGAAGGACGUCAGCAGACAUUUCCUACCUGUGCGCCUUCAGCGUGCGUCACAGAAACUCUGCUGUUUCUUCGUGUUAAUUGUUUCCUCCGCGGUUUCCCACCCGGUGAUUUUGGAUUACGGAGAAUAACAAGCGGCGUGGAGCGCGUAACUCUCCGCAAAUCAUGGAUUUAUGGAUAAAGUUGAUGUUGUUGUGCAGCUGCUGCUCUGGAGCAAGUGCAGACUUUGAUGGCAGGUGGCCGCGGCAGAUGGCCUCAUCCAACGGCCUGUGUCGAUACGGGGCCAGAGUGGACUGCUGCUGGGGAUGGACACGCCGUUCCUGGGGUCACUGCCAGCCUCUCUUCGCCUUAACUCACAGAGUAGCCGGGAUAAGAUGCCAGCCCCAAGCUGUGUGCCAGCCUGGCUGUAAGCACGGAGACUGCGUGGGACCCAAUAAAUGCAAGUGCCACCCUGGUUUCACCGGCAAGACCUGCAAUCAAGACCUGAAUGAGUGCGGGCUCAAGCCGAGGCCUUGUAAACACAGGUGCAUGAACACAUAUGGGAGUUACAAGUGCUACUGCCUCAACGGCUACAUGCUGAUGCCUGAUGGGACCUGUGGAAACGCUCGCACUUGUGGCAUGGCCAACUGCCAGUACGGCUGCGAGGUGCUGAAAGGAGAGGUCCGAUGUCAGUGUCCAUCGCCGGGGCUACAGCUGGCUCCGGAUGGAAGAACCUGUGUGGAUGUGGAUGAGUGUGCAGCAGGGAUCGCGGUGUGUCCCAGGUUCAGGAAAUGCAUAAACACCUUUGGUAGCUACAUCUGCAAGUGCCACGAAGGCUUUGACCUGCAAUACAUCAAUGGGAAAUACCAAUGCAUAGAUGUGGAUGAGUGCUCUUUAGGUCAGAGCCACUGCAGCAGCUUCGCCACUUGCUACAACACGCCAGGCUCAUACAAGUGCAAAUGCAAAGACGGCUACAGGGGGAUGGGCCACGACUGCAAACCCAUUCCUAAGGUUGCUAUUGACCCCCCGAGACCAGGCAAACUGCCUCCAAAUCAUCACAACCGCAUCCCUGACAUCGAUCAGAGGAGGACCACCACCACCAUCCACCCACCAGUGACUCAAAGGAGGAUCUUCCCCAUUAUCCCCAAAUCGACAGCCGCGACUACGACAACCACGACAACGACCAAAGCACCUCCAAAGAGGGUCACCCCACCUCCACGCAAGCCGGCAGUUCCCACCAGGAGGCCCUUUAUCCCGACCAGGAAACCACCAGCACCCACGCGCAAGCCCUACAUCCCACCAAAGCCAGUGGCUCCAACCAGACGCCCCACGCCAGCACCAGGCGCACCAGUCACACCAGUAGACAACACCAUCCAGAAGGAGGUCACCAAACAGAGAGGGGAUGUCCACAUCCCUCGGAACCACGGCCAUAACACCGUCCUUGGCAUCGACUUUGACAUUGAGCUCGGCAACACGGCAGACGAAGCCAAGGACGACCCAGAGUCGGGCUAUCUGAGCUGCUCCUUUGAUGACGGUCUUUGUGGUUGGAUCAGGGACAAAGACGGAGACCUGCACUGGGAGACGACGCCUGAUCCGUCAGGUGGACGAUACCUCACCAUUCCUGAGGUAGGCAACAAGAGGACAGGGCGAGGGGCACGGCUGGUCCUUCCACUCACCCCUCCCUGGAACGACGGCAAUCUGUGCCUGUCAUUCCGGCACAAGCUGGCAGGUCACCACGUGGGCAUGCUGCAAGUGUUUGUGAAGAAAGGAAAGCAGUACAGUCCAGCAGUGUGGGGCCGGACAGGCGGAAAUGGUUGGAGGCACACCCAAAUCACAUUAUGGGGCACAGGCCUGGAAAGUGUGAUCCUGAAGGGGGAGCGUGGGCGAGGCCGGAGCGGCGAGAUGGCUGUGGACGACAUCACCCUGAGGAAAGGCUCCUGCACAGAGGAGCACAAUCUGAGGAGACUCUGACUGACAGAACAGAGAAAGGCAGAAAGAAAACAAGAGGGAAAAUCAUCUCAAAGAGAACUGACUCUGUUGUGACAUCCCCUCACUCUGCCCGGGCUAUCACUGAUCCCCCCCCCCCUUCCCUUCCUCAUCCCCAUCCCCCUGCGCCGCCACCCCUCCCAGCCAUUCUGUGAACGAUAUCCGAAAAUUUGUGCGUCUCCAGAACAGUGGGUUUCUCUCUCUCUCUCCCUCAUCUGUCCAUGAAUAAAAAGACUGAAUCGAAAUGUCAUGGGCGGAUCCCAGCAGCACACCCCGCGUCUUCUCAGCCUCCCUCUCACUCCAUCACCUUGUUACUAUGAAACCUGCAUGUAUCUACUUACCAUGGAAAUGUCCUCCACCCUAACACAGCCCUGGCAGCCUUCCAGCCACAACGCUAAGAGGCCCACGUUCACUUCAUUUCUUCCUGGAGAGAGUAUGCUUUUGCCUUGCUUUGAUCUUUUAACCACAAGCCAUUGCUUUUUAUUUGCUUGAUGUUAAAACACGUGGCCAGGGGUGCAUUUUAUGACUGUUUCGAUCAGCAAAACAUCAGACAUGGUAUACAUUUCUUUGAGGGUUAGAGGUAUAAAAAAAAAUGUAUGUAAAAGACAAAUUGUAUUUGUCAUCAUUUCUAAUCCAGAACUCCAAAUGUGAUAAACCCAAAGUAUAAAAUCAACCACAGAGUCAGUUUAGCCCUGCUUUUGUUGGUCUAAUCUGAGUUUUUUGUAUUGCAACUGCUCUAUAGCACAGUGUGGACUGAAACGACGCAGCUUUCUUUUGUUGUCACAGUAUUUCAGAUCUGUUCGGUAGGAGAGGGUUUAAAAAUUUAGCCCCUUCCCUACCCUGAUCUUUUAUUGAAGCCUCCUAAAGUUGUUCAUACUCUCUGUGGUCAUUGUUUUUCAGAUACUUGAAAUGUGUCAAACAGAAUCAGUGUAUGAUUUCUGACACUUGCAAAUCAACACUUACUUUCUAUUAUACAGUACGUGCUUUCUUAUUAUAAGUGCAGUUUGUUAUAAAAGACGAUACCGACAACUUUUUAGGCUUUCACAAAAUGUAUUAUUGUAAAUGUAGUCGUGUGUACAUACUCUAAAAGUUCAGUCCCAUAUGUUGUGUGGUUUAUACGUUAUGUAAAUUCAUACAUGGAUAUUAAUUGGAUUUCAAAAUCGUUGGUAUUUCAGUUUUUGAUUAAAGGACAUGUAUACAGCUGGAACCCUUGUGUAGUGCAAGGCUGUGUUUAACGUGCACACGAUGUGUAUGUCCAUGUGUUAUGGUAUAAUGCUCUGUCUGUAACUUGCAAAGCACAUAGUUGCGUAUCGUAUGCUGUGAUAAUGAAGGGCAUCGGCUGGAAUUUUAAGGUUUUCUGUAUGCAUGGGUGCAUUCACCGAAUUCAGAUUUAUCCAGACCAGUAUGUAAAUAAAAUACAUUUGACUGAUAUGUUAUGAAACAAA